ACUUUGUGCGUCUUUCAAUCGACGGUUUUCGCGGUCGAUGCCCCUGCGGCCGCCCGCCUGAAUACCCUCUUCUUUUUCUUGCAGACUGCGUUCGACAUCCUAACCCCCGGUCCCUCCAUCCGUCAGCGCCAGGGUCGACUUCACCAGCCAGCUGAUUUGCGCGAGGGACUCUCGAACGCCGUCUACGCUGUCCGCCGCGGCGUUCAUCACCUCACCUACGACCUCCAAAUGCCCGUCGUGGCUGACCCCCAGAAGGGCUCUGUCGGUGCCAUUGGCGACGUUCUUCCAAACAUUCUCGGUGGCUUGAGAAAUCAACUACGACCCGAGGCGAAGCGUGAAGACGAGGAAAAGUGGAAGUGCACCCAGGGACUUUGA